UUAAAAGAAGAGUGGUGUGAGUGUGAGGAGUGACAAUUAUCAUAAUAUGGAGGAAGUGGUGGAAGUAAAGGUGAGUGCUAGACCGAGAGAGACUCAGAGCUCUCUGCAGGGGAUUUCAACUCCAUCAGAGGAUGGGGUCAAAAGCCCAUUUGCAACUCGUUUUCUGAGCACCCCUUUAGCCAGCCCCAUGAAGAAGGCCAUUGAAAACAUGCAAGGUUACUUGGGAGAAGUUGGUCGCUUCACCAAGCUUGACCCACAAGACGAUUGGCUUCCCAUCACCGAGUCAAGGAAGGGAAACGCAUACUACGCUGCGUUUCACGUUCUUUCUUCAGGGAUCGGAUUUCAGGCUCUUGUUCUUCCAUUAGCCUUCACCACUCUUGGCUGGACUUGGGGAGUCAUAUGUCUCUGUGUGGCUUUUACAUGGCAGCUCUACACGUUGUGGUUACUGAUUCAGCUUCACGAAUCGGACUCAGGGUUGCGCCAUAGCAGGUACCUCAGACUUGCUAUGGCAGCAUUCGGAGAAAAGAUGGGAAAACUACUAGCACUCUUCCCAAUCAUGUAUUUAUCGGGUGGAACGUGUGUGACACUUAUCAUGAUCGGAGCUGGCACAAUGAAGAUAUUCUUUCAGAUGGUGUUUGGAACGCCAAGCCCACUCACAACCAUUGAAUGGUAUUUGGUGUUUACAUGCACAGCCAUUUUGCUUGCCCAGUUACCAAACCUCAAUUCAAUCGCUGGGGUUUCCCUCAUAGGGGCCAUCACUGCAGUGAGUUAUUGUGUUCUUAUAUGUAUAGUAUCUGUAGUCACAGGUAGACUUCAUCAUGUAUCCUAUGAGCCACGAAGGGGACACUCAGAAACAGACGCUAGCAUGAUUCUUAGCGCGUGGAAUGCACUAGGCAUCAUUGCUUUUGCUUUCCGCGGUCACAAUCUUGUGUUGGAAAUACAGGGAACCAUGCCUUCGGAUGCUAAGCAACCCUCACGCUUGGCCAUGUGGAAAGGUGUUAUGUUUGCUUACAUAGUCAUCGCCUUGUGUUUGUUUCCCCUUGCCAUUGGAGGUUAUUGGGCUUAUGGAAAUUUAAUACCUACCAAUGGAGGGAUGUUAGGUGCUUUGCAAAAAUACCACGAACAUGAUACAUCAAAAUUUAUCAUUGCUUUGAUAAGCUUGCUAGUUGUUAUAAACAGCCUCAGUUCCUUCCAAAUCUAUGCAAUGCCAGUAUUUGACAAUCUGGAAUUCAGAUACACCAGCAAGAUGAACAGACCUUGCCCGAGAUGGCUACGAAUAGCUUUCAGGGGUCUCUUUGGGUGCCUAGCAUUUUUUAUUGCUGUAGCCUUGCCAUUCUUACCAAGUUUGGCAGGUCUUAUAGGGGGUGUUGCUCUACCAAUAACCUUAGCAUAUCCCUGUUUCAUGUGGAUACAGAUUAAGAAGCCACAAAAAUGUAGCACAAACUGGUACAUUAACUGGACACUAGGCGUUGUUGGGAUGAUUCUAAGUGUACUGGUUGUCAUAGGAGCCAUUUGGGGAAUAGUUGCUCAGGGCAUAGAGAUCCAUUUCUUCAAUCCCCGGUAGAAAUAAGAUACUUAUACUAUGCUCAAUCACAACACUGGAAGUUGAUUUGCAACUGUUUCAUGGACAAACAUGCGGAGCACACAAAGUUGGGGACAUUAACUCCCAUGAGAAAUGAAAUUGAGAGAAUGCUUGGUUUGUGACAACAGACAUUCUAUUCUAAUUGUUUGAUAUCGUUCAUGAAACAUGAGUCAUUUUGAUGUAAAAUGUCAGGAAAUAAAAUGUAUUUGCAGAAUGUGCCAGAAAAGAAAAAUGAAGUUAGUAUGUGAA